AUGGUCUCAUUAGCCAUCUCGACGCUUUUGCAACCCCCCAUAGUACGAACUGGCCUUCAGCCUCACACCACCCCGCCGCCCUCGAGCUCGCACAAACCCCCUACCUCCAGGGACAUUCCACCCGUCGCCUUGACGAAUAUCGAGCUGGUCGACAACGCAGAGUUCGCUCCAUACUUGACCCAAGUUGGGGCGCUGUAUGAGCAACUGAGAAGGGUCAAGGAGAACGAGGAUGAGGCGCAUAGCGCUCGUCGCGCCUCUCGACCCGAGGAGCAGGCUGAACCCGUCUCCGAGGGCCUGUUGCGACCCACCUCCAGAUCGCAAAGCAACCGGCGCGCGUCUACAGCCUCUUUGGCAUCGUUGGGCUCCAUCGAUGCGCCGAGCCCUAUGCGACGAUCAAGCUCUGGCUUCAUUCGCAAAACGACCCACGGCCCCCCGCCGCUUUCAACAAUCCCCAACGUGUACUUUGAGGAUGAUUUUCACCUCGAGAACCCGCGCACGUUCGACGUAGUGAGCGAGCGCUCCGAGGUGAUCCGACCGCCCAACGCCGGACAGCCGGGGAAGGGGGGCGGCAACGGCAACGCCACGGCUCCUCGAAAAGCACUCGCGACGAAUGCGAUCCUUCAAGAAAAGCUUUCUUGGUACAUGGACACGAUCGAAGUCCACCUCAUCAACUCCAUAUCAACCGCCUCAACAACCUUCUUCACCGCUCUUGGGUCCUUGAAGGAGCUACACUCGGAAGCAGCGGACUCUGUAGGGAGGAUACAAGUCCUCAGAAAAGAGUUGGAAGCACUGGAUCAGGAGAUUGUGACUCAUGGGCUCGACAUCAUCCAGAAGAAGCGGCGGCAAGAAAACCUGAGACAACUUCACGAUGCCGUGUGGCAAUUACGGCAGAUCGUGGACGGCGUUGCAAGUUGCGAGGCUCUCGUUGACGCGGGAGAGGUGGACAAGGCGCUCGCGAGCAUUGACUCUUUGGAAAAGUUGAUUGCUGGUGAGACGGAUGGAUUCCCCGACGACGGCGCCCAAGUACAGUUGCGAGACAUGCGCUCUGCAUCUGCCCUGCACAGCAUCAACACUGACAUCAACAGCCUCAGAUUCCGCGUGGGUAAGGCGUACGAGGCUCAGUUCUCGAGUGUGCUGUUAGCUGAUCUCCGGCGGCACGUCGAAACCGUUUCGCGCGCCGAUGUCCUGUUGCGGUGGAGCAACGCUGCGUCCAGAUCAAGAGGCGCCCACGCGCGGUCGCCGUCGGUGUUUCCCUCCUAUCUGGGCGGAACCGACGAGCUCAAGGCGCAGCUGGCUCCGAGCAUGGUCGGGCUACACCGUGCCAAACACAUUGCCACGGCUGCCAUGGCCUAUCGAGACGCGGUGUUGCGCGAUAUCCGAAACCUGAUUCGGCGCCCUCUCCCCAGCUCGAACGAUGACGACGCGGAGUCUAUCAUGUCUGUCUCGACAGCGAGCGGCGGCAGGCAGAGAUCAAACCAAGACAAAUCUGCAGCUUUGGCCCGAAACCUGCGGGCGCUCGAUGCUGAAGAUGCCGAGGAACUGCUUAUGACAAUAUACGUCGGUGUUACGGAGACCUUGAGACGACUUACGACCCAGGUGAAGGUGCUGUUGGACAUUGCCAGCUCUCUCGCAGCUGAGCCUGACGGCGAUGGGCUGAAAUCACCACCUGUCCGUUCACCAGUCACGAGUCCUCGGCCUGACCGCCUAGGAGGCAAUCCUCUAGGCGGAGCAUUCGAAUUGCAAGAAGAGCUUCACAAGGCACUGAAUGAGACGUCGCUGCUUACCCAGGCCGUUGACGUUGCCAAUGACAAGAUCGUCAAGGUCCUUCGGGUCCGCGCGGAGCAGUCCACUCACCUUCCCCUCGAACUGUUCCUGCGAUACUUCACUCUCAAUCUUUACUUUGCCAACGAAUGCGAAGCCAUCUCCGGAAGAAGUGGCACGUCGUUGAAAACCGUGGUUAACGGCCACAUCAAGGAGUUCGUCCAGAGGAAUCGAGACGCCGAGAUGCAAAAGCUCGCUCAAGGCAUGGAGUCGGACCAGUGGAACGCCAAGGACUUCACGGACAAGAACACCGAGCUGCUUGAUCUGAUCUUAAACUCUAGCACCCAAGAUGCCCCUGCUUGGACAGAGAGCACAAAGAUUUGGGUGCCAUACCUGGAGAUCGAGGCAGCGAAGCAAGAAACUACGCUCUCAGAACCGAACGGAACAGGAAAGGACAAGACCCGACCAGCAAUUAUUGAAGCCGAGAAGUUCAUACUUCCAAACUCGGCGAUUCUUGGCCUCGAGGGCAUGGGGAAUUUCAUGCAUCUUAUCGCUGGUAUCCCCUCUAUGACCACGGAUGUGGCUUCGUCUUUGGUUGCGUACUUGCAGCUGUUCAAUUCUCGCUGCACACAGCUGAUUCUGGGGGCCGGCGCAAGACUAUCUGCAGGACUGAAGAACAUCACGACAAAGCAUCUGGCACUGGCCUCACAAGCUCUGUCCUUUAUCGCCACCAUUAUCCCUCACACACGCGAAUUUGUCCGUCGACACGCGGGCUCCGGUGCUGGCGUCUCCGGUCUCAUGGGAGAGUUUGACAGAGUCCGACGGCUGUUGCAGGAGCACCAGGAUAUCAUCCAUCAGAAGCUCGUCGACAUUAUGAGCGGCCGGGCGGCUAUUCACGGCAAGAGCAUGAGGGCUAUCGCCUGGGACGGCUCGGCCACCGAAGGACCGCACCCGUACAUGGAGACGCUCGCCAAAGAGACGACAACCUUACACAGGGUGCUGACGAAGCACCUGCCGCAGAGCUCGAUCCAGAUGAUCAUGCAGCCCGUCUUCGCCAGCUACAAGGAGCAGCUCGGGGCUGCCCUCAAAGAAGCCAGCCCCAAGACCGAGGCGGGCCAACAGAGCAUGCUCCGCGACAUUGAGUUCUUCACAGCCAAGCUAGGGAAGCUCGACGGCUUCGGUGACGCGGGUGAUCACCUCGCCGGCAUCGUCAAGGCAAAGGAGGUCAAGACGGAACUCCGCGUUGAGGCGCCCAAGGACGACGCCGUGGCCGAGGAAGACUCUGGUGAGGACAAGGCCGCGGACGACUCAAAGGAGGGCGAGGCAAAGGAGGGCUCGCAAGAGGAGGAGGUAAAGGAUGUAAGCGAGGGAAGCGGCACGCCAGCGGCAGAGGAGCCAGCCAAGGACGGCGACAAGCCGUGA